AUGAAGGAAAGCCAUCACCCCGUCGCACAGCCUGUCAAGGUCGGAGUACACGAUGCCGGAGCCAUCGUAGCCUUUGGAAGUUUCUUGGUAACCAAGGAACUUCUCCAAGCCGGAGCACAGGUCAAGGAGGCAGCGAGGGAGGUGGGUGGACAGGGUGAGGGAGGUGAAGGGGCGAAAGAGGGCGAUGAGGGAGGAAGAUGGGUUGAAGUAAGGCGAUCUUGGAGGUGGAGGGAGGAAGUGGAAAACGAGGAUUGGGGUGAAGGACGCCGACGGAGGAGGUGA